GGGGGAGGAGGAGGUGGUAACAGGACGGUUUACACUCCGCUCCUCGGCGACCAAACUUUGUCCGAAAAAACACAAAUCAUGCGUCUCCGGGCUGUGAACGUCACUACUUUAUCGCACCAGCAGGAACAGCUCAGUUUGUGAAGACGUCACAUUUAUUCACUCGGAGUUAAUCCUGCGCGCUUGAGGGUUUUAAAUAUCCGCUGCGAUGAGCGCUGCGGAAAACGCAGACACCGACUCCAACAAACUGGAGUCUGUGAUACAGAGGCUGGAGGAGAGUGUGUUGUCUGAGGAGAAGAAGCUGACGGUCCGGGGCCCUUCACCAGACGGCCCCCCCACAUGUCUGCCAGCAAGAGUACGAGAGAUUGUCACAAAGAACCUCAACGAGAACUCAGCCGGGGCCAUGUCCUCCGUCAUGUCGCUGCAGGAGGAGAACCGGGUGCUGCAGGGCGAGCUGGGCCGGCUAGAGGACCUGCUGGCUCACAGCCGAGCCGACCGGGACGAGCUCGCCAUCAAGUACGGUGCAAUCAGUGAGAGGCUGGAGCAGGCGCUGCGUUUCGAGACAGGAGACAACGACCACGAUUCGCCGGACUCUCGCAGCCUGGCGCAGCAGAAUGUGGACUUGCGGCGGCGGCUGGACGAGGAGCAGGCGGCCUACAAGCGUAAACUCACUGCGUACCAGGAGGGUCAGCAGAGGCAGGCACAGCUCGUGCAGAAGUUGCAGGCCAAGGUACUGCAGUACAAAAAGAGAUGUGGGGAUCUGGAGCAGAUGGUGCAGGAGCGCUCGUCAGAGUUGGAGAAACACAGGAGCCACAGUGAAUCCUCAAAUGGUCGGCAUCAAGACGACUCAAGCAGCAGCCUGGAGGAUGCUUUAAUCCGUCUGGAGGAAGAACAGCAGAGGAGCAGCAGUUUGUCUGCGGUGAAUGCCAUGCUGAGAGAGCAGCUGGAGCAGGCUGGGUUGGCCAACGAGGCUCUCAGCCACGACAUCCGCAGGCUUACUGCUGAUUGGACGAAAGCCAGGGAGGAACUGGACCAGAAGGAGUCUGACUGGAGGAGGGAAGAAGAGUCUUUCCACAGUUAUUUCAGUACUGAGCACAGUCGACUGCUGACGCUGUGGAGGCAAGUGGUCGGGUUUCGGAGGCAUGUCUGUGAACUGAAGAGCGCCACAGAAAGGGACUUGUCAGACAUGCGUAACGAGAUGUCUCGGGCGUCCCACUCUGCUCAGGUGUCUUGUGCAGGUCUGUCUUCCACCCUGAACACACGGGAGGGGGGAGCAGCGCUGAACCUGGAGAGAGAGAAAGCUCUGCGGGUUCAGCUGGAGCAGCAGCUGAGAGAACGAGUGUCCGAGAUGAUGAAUCUCCAGACCAGGACAGACACAGAGAGGAGUGAGCUCAACAUCAGGUUAUCAGAGUCAGUGCGAGAGGGGGAGAGACUAAAGGGACAAAUUGAAGAGAGAGACAGAGAAAUUGUUGUACAUAUGAGGAGGCUUGAGGAACAGAGUGGUAACGAUGAGACUGACAUGCAUGUGAUGAGAGCUCACACUGCGACGCUGACAGACACCCUGCGAGACAUCGCUCAGACGGUGUUGUCUGAUGGAGAGUCGUCAUCAGAGGCGGACCAGGACAACUCUGGAGCUCCACUGCUAGCGUUGGUGCGGGGCUUCUCCCCCCACCGCUCCUCCUCUCCCCGCAGGUCGUCCUCCCCCUCUCGACCUUCCUCUCUGGCUCCCCUUUCUGAGGCGGGGCUGUCAGCUCUGUGCUCUGCAGUCGCAAACAAGACACUCCAGCUGCAGGAUGUUCGAGGGCGCCUGCUCUCUGCUCAGUCUUCGGUUCAUCAGUUGCGCAAGCAGCUUUCUGAGACUGAUCUGGCAAAAAAAGAUGGCGAACAGCGCAACCAAGCUCUGCAGAGAGAGAGGGAUGCUGCUCAGAGAGAGAGGGAGACCACACAGAGAGAGAAGGAGCGUCUGAAGCAGGAGAGGGACACGCUGGCCAGUGAGAAGGUGAGCCUGGAGAAGACGGUGCAGACGGCACAGAGCAGCAACCAGAUCCUGCAGAUGGAGUGUGAGAAGCUCCAGCUGAGCGAGGCGUCCACACAGCGAGAGAGAGAUCAUGAGAGGGAGGAGAAGGAGGCCGCCACGCAGGAGAGAGAGCGGGCCAAGGCCGAGACUCAGAGGAUACAAAAGCAGUUGGAUCAGAGUGAGAGUCGGGCCUCCGCUCAGCGUGGGAAGCUGUCUGCAGUGAGCGAGUCUCAACAGCAGGUGGAGGUUGAGCGGCAGCUGCUGCAGCAAGAGAAAGCCCAACUGUCUGAAGCACUGGCUCGGGCUGAGGGCAGUAACGCAGAGCUCUCCCUGCUGAUGAACAAGCUGCAGUCUGAGGACGCAGCUCUCAGAGACUCUCUGGCCAAGAUGGCAAGCAUGAACGAGGGACUGGCUCAGGACAAAACUGACUUAAACAGAUACAUUCUCAAGCUGGAGGAAGAGAAGGCUCUGCUGCAGGCUCAGAAACGGGAGGCGGAGCAGGAGAAGUUGACCAUCAGAGAUGAACUGGUCCGGUUGGAGCAGGACCGGAUGGAGCUGGACUCCGCCCGCAUCAUGCUGCAUCAAUCACUGCAGGAGGCAGAGCUGAGCCGGGGGGGGAUGGAGGCAGAGCUCCAGACUCUCAGGACUGAGAGAUUUAAGCUGCAGGAGAAAGUUACCCAGCUUUGUGGCGAGGUGACCUCUCUGGGAUCAGAGCUGAGUCUGGCCAGAGGCGAGGGCGAGAGGAACGAGGUGGCUUUAGAGGAGGUGGGCCGCGGGCGGGCAGAACUGACCCGAGACAAAGCUGCACUGGUGGUCCAGCUGACGGCGUCCGAGAGAGAAAACACGGUGCUGUCAGAGGAGCUGGCUGCUUUCAGGUCGGAGCGUGAGUCCCUGGAAACCAGCCUGUUCGAGGUGCAGCAGCAGCUCCUUCAGGUGGAGUCUCGCAGAGAGCAGCUGGAGACAGAGAACCAAAACCUUCGAGUUCGCUGUGAGACCGCAGCAGCUGACCUGAAGCGUGUGCGCUCCGAUGGGGAGAAUAUGUCGGUUCAGGCUGAGCGGGAGAAACAGGCUCUGAAGCAGACCCUACAUGCUGCACAGCUGGAGGCCCAGCAGGCUUUACGCAAGGCCAUCUCUGAACACCAGGAGGAGUCGGAGAGACUGGUCUCAGAAAAGGAAGUGGUGCGGCAGAGCCUGCUGAAGGAGCAGGAGGGUGCUCUGAGGAGGCUCAGACAGGAGACGGAGGAGCAGCUCCACAGAGCAGAGAGAGAAAGAGAGGAGCUGCAGGGAGAGCUGAGGAGUCUGCAGCACGACCGAGAUCAGAGCCUGCUGCAGGCAGAGAGCGAGAAACAGCAGGCCCUUUCUCUGAAGGAGGCAGAGAAAAGUGUGUUGUCUGAGAGGACGUCCUCCCUGCAGGCGGAGCUGUCAGUGGCAGGCCUGGAGGUCGAGCGGAUGUCAAGAGAAGCCUCUCUUUCCAAAGAGCAGGACCAGAUUAGAGUCGGGGCUCUCACCAGCGAGCUGCUGGAGAUUCGCUCUCAGCUGGAAGACGCAGCUUCUGUUCAUGAAAGGGAACUCCAGAGUCUGAGGGAGACUUGUGCUGACCUUCAGUCUCGCACUGAUGUGGCUUUCAAAGAGCUGGACCAGUGCAGAGCUUCUCUCGCAGCUAGCCAGGAGAGUCGAGACCAGCUGAGGCGGGACCUGUUGGACAGCGAGCGGCGUUUCAACCAAACUCAGGACGCUGCAGAGAUCAUCAGAAGAGACGGGACGGAGUUCCGGCGCAGCCUCACUGACGUCACCAAGGAGAGAGACACACUCGGCCAGUCCAAUACUCAUCUGAGAGAAGCUCUACGAAGUGCAGAAACAGAGAGGAUCAGUGUGAAACGCCAGUGUGAGGAGAAGGAGCAGAGGGUGGCUGUGCUGGAGGGAAACCUGUCCUCCACUCAGAAGGAGGUGACGGAGCUGCGCAGCUGCCUGAGGGAAGUCGAAAGGUCACGACUUGAAGCUCGGCGAGAACUCCAGGAGCUCCGCAGACAGCUGAAGGUUCUGGAUGCAGAGAAGGAGGAGAGAGGGAGGGAGGUGGCCGAGCUGCAGACUCGCCUGUCGCUGGAGGAGCAAAGAGAGGAGGAGAGAGGGAAAGAAGUUUUUAUCCACAAACAGAAGUUAACUGAAGCUGAAACAGCUCGAGACUCCCUCAAGAAAGAGCUCUCCUUGACUCAUAAGCGUCUGCUGGAGUCUGAGUCAGGAUGGCGAGGCUGUGAGAGAGAGCUGACGGCUCAGCUGCAGGAGGCGCGAGGCUGCGAGAAGAAGCUGCAGGAUGAAGCCAAGAACCUGGCCCUGCGCGCUGCGGCGGCUCAGGACUCUGCGGCUCAGAGCAGCCUGCAGCUGAGCGAGGCUCAGGGCCGACUGGCCGGCACCGAGGCCGAGCUGACCCGGGCCGAGGCCUCCAGGAGGGACUUGGAGUAUCGUCUGAGCAGCCUUCAGUCGGCGCUGACGCGGACGCUGACGCGGACGCUGGAGCCCGAGGGGGGGAGCGCCACAUCACCAGGCACUAUGUCGCGCCACCACAGCAUCUCACCUCUCAGGUCGUCACUGACGCCUCCGAAAGAGUUUCGAGGAAGCACUCCUGACAACACCUUGAGCUCAGUGUCUCCGGAGAGAGGGAACACACCGCUGCCUGGUCCUCAGCAUGAGCUGGACCCCGACACACUGCGAAGUGAUUUGAGGGACUUCCUGCUGGAGCUGCGUGAGGCUCAGAGAGAGAGGGAUGACGCUCAGUGCCAGCUGGGGGCCGUGCAGCGGGAGCUGGAGGAGCUGAGGCUGGAUCGAGACUCUGCUCUGGGUCGUCUCACUCACCUGCAAAACACCUGUCAGGAACACCAAGAAGGGAAGCGUGGACUGGACGAGCAUCUGACCACCACUCAGAUUUUGCUGCAGCAGCAGGAGGAGGCGGUGAGGAGAGGGGACAGAGAGAGGAGAGCUCUCAGCGACAGAGUGAAGGAUUUAGAGCGAGCGCUGCAGGCCUCUGAGCAGGAUAAAAAACAUACGCAGGAUCAGUUGAAUAAGCAGCGUGCGGCUGAGAUGCGUCUGGAGGCCGAGAGGCGUCGUCUGCGUGAGGCGCUGGAGGCAGCCGAGGCCCGAGCCACCAGGGUGGAGCUGGCGAGGCGAGGCCUGGAGGGGGAGCUGCAGAGACUCAAACUGAGUGUGGGGGACCGGGAGGCGGACAGCCAGGCCGCCUUGCAGCACCAUGAGGCUCUCCUGAAACAGGUGGCAGAAGGAGAAGCCCGUGUGUCUCUGCUGCAGAGAGAGGUGGAGAGGCUGAGCCAGGCUCUGCUCAAAGCUCAGGAAGGAGAGUCUUUACUCAAAGAGACGACCUCUUCCCUCAAAAAGACCCUCCUGGAGGCUUCAUCUUCUCACAGCAGCACACAGAGUCGCCUGAACGCUCUGCAGAAGACGCUGAGCGUGGCUGAGCAGGACAAAAGGCUUCUACAGGAGCGGAUGGAUGAAGCCCGGGCGGCACUAUCGGAGGGCAAAAGGAACGUGAUCAUCCUCACUGAGCGUGUGCAAAGUUUGCAGAGUGAGCUGGAACAGAGCAAGCUGAGGCGAGAAGAAGCGGAGGCCGAGCUCAACAACACUCAAAAGGCUCUUUGUCAGCGCUCUGUCGGUGUGGCAGAGGCUCAGCGCGGCGCCCAGUCGGCUCAGACAGAGCGGGCCGCAGUGGAGGAGCGGCUGCGUGGGCUGCAGCGAGCCGUGGCCAUGCUCGAGACCGAGAAAAAAGAUGCAGAGAGACAAGCUGUGAGGCUGGAGAAAGACAAGGACGCACUGAGGAACACACUGGAUAAGGUUGAGCGUCAGAAGCUGAAGACUGAGGAAGGCAGCAUGCGGCUCUCUGCGGAGAAAAGCCGCUUGGACCGCUCUCUGAACACCACUGAGCAGGAGCUGCAGGACGCACAGCAACAGAUCCUGAUGCUGCAGACUCAGCUGGCUGAGACGGAGCAGUCACAGAAUCUGUGUGAGAGUUUUGCGAGGCAGCGGGACGAGGCCCAGCGGGAGGCGGAGAGACUCAGGACGAGCUUCAGGGACGUGGAGCGCACGCUGGGCACCAGAGAGCGAGCUCACCGACACAGAGUGAAGGGUCUGGAGGAGCAGGUGUCCACCUUAAAGGAGCAGCUGCAGCAGGAGAUGAAACGGCGACAAACUUCUCUUCCUCCCUCCUUAUUGUCGGCAGGAAAGUGAGAUCCAGAAUAAUACCAGAAGCACCAGCACAUCACGUCCAGGGAAAAUCCACUAAUCACGAAUGUCUGAAAGCAAUGUUUACUCACUGAUACGAUCCUGAAAGUCUUCAUAAUCUACUGUUUAACUUGUUUUACUUUGUGACACUAUCAUUUCGAUGGUGAUUUAUUGAUAUUUUGUACAGUGAAAAACACUUUUACCAGUCGUGCAGCACACAUUCAGCUCAUGUCAGGCGAUGUGAUUCAGCAGCUGGGCUGAAAACGCCAGCCUUCCGAUGAUUACUGGCAACCAUCUGUACUUGAUCCUUGCCCAACGUCCUCCCAAACGUCCUGCUUUUAUUCAAGAAGAAAAACCAAACCACUGCAAAGGAGUCUCCUCCAGACACAAUCUGGAUGUAGUGCAGGAACAAAAGUCUGCCAGUUGUGCAGUUUGGCCUCAAUUUCUCCACAUUUAUAUUAACAGUCAAGGAGCAGCGAGGUCUACACUGUGUGCAAGGGCCAGGAAACAGAAUUAUGAAGGAGCUGCACUGUAUUUCCAUUGAGAAACAGGCACAUAUUUUUCGAUAGUUUUAUAACAAAAAAGGAGACCAUAAGGCACUACAUAUGAAGGUAUGCUUACAGUACAUGUUUCUAAAAGUUAAUAUUAGUUUUACUAGAUGUAUUCUUUGUACUUAUUGUAUAAAUGCUGACAGGCUGAUGAUGAAUAACAGCUAUAUGACUUAAAUAAACUCACCGUGUGCUCCAUCAUUCACGUCUUUCAGUGCUCUGAGCUUCCACCUCAGAUGAAAUUACAGCGAUGACUCAAUCACACACAUUGAACAGAUGUAGUAAAAAAAGUUUAUUUUUUUUCUCAGUCUUUAUAGUGACUGUUUUCUGACAGUUUUACAAAGUAGUAGUACAGAGGCCGUUUGUGAGAUGCCUUUUGAACGCACUUGUUGCCACUGAAGUAUUUGUUUGUAAGCUUGCUGCUCGGUUGCCAAGCACAGAUCCAGGUGGCAGUAGUACAAACACUGAGGUCUCUCAACACGCAUCUCAUGAUCUACCAUGGCUGGAUAUUCAUUCGUUUUUCUGAUGUCAGUGCACAGGGGCCCCCACUGAUGGGUUGCUCAUCAUGAGACUGCUUUUCCACACAA